AAUUUUUACCUGGAAUCGAGAGUCUGGCUCAUCAAAAUGACACGGUGUAUCAGCUACUACUCAGCAAUGGGAGCUUCAAGUGCAGUGUAUCAUUCUACCGUUGUAUUUCCUAGGUGAAGUUACGUUACGUGAAAACUCUGAAUAAUCUAAUACGCUAGACGACGAAUCAAUAUGACUUCGCCGAUAUCAAAUAUCAUUGUAAUUCUCCUUAUUGCGGCGAAUCCUUGCCUCCUUUGGCCCCUGACCAAAAAUGAUAUUUCGGAAUCAUUAUCGAACCUGAAGCAACUCCUCGAAGAAUUCGAAGCGAAGAACAUCACAUUGACAUCAAGAAACCGACUUGACGGCAAGUAUAAUAUUUUGUUAACAAGAUCGACCAACGAUGGUCAGUCGAUCCGACUAGACGAGGGUCGUCAGAAAAAGAAACUAGAACAGUUCAGUCAGAAAAAUCUGGGAAAUAAUCAGCACGAUGUUUCUAACCUGGAGUAUUUACUGUGGCAGCAAUAUCAGCGUGAAAAUUAUCGGCGACCUCGCCCGUUUACAACGGCCUUAAAAUCAGCGACGAUUUUGAAAAACCCCGUAAAAAUGCUGCCCAGUCAAGAAACCGCGCAGAUUGACCCAAUUUACGUUGUACAGAACAAUAAACCAAGCGCAGCCGAUAACUUUAUGGCUAAUGGCGAAAGAACAACGACGGAAUAUCCGUUAGAUGAUAACAAUAACGUCGUGAUUGACCUCUUGCACGAUAAUCAACAACCGACUGCAGUUACAGGGUCGAGUACAAUCAACAGCCUGGAACUUUUCCAGACAAAUAUUUUCUUCUCCAAUCCAAUUUUCGCCGCGUAUUUGGCCGGAUUUUCGGGGUUCUUCAAAAGCUUCGAAGUUCCCUACUUCGACAAGGAUUGCUCGAUGUUAGUUAAAACUUUGCCUAUUUUUCUAGUGAAUAAUUUCUUCGGCGCAUUGAUCAAGAUCGGUAAAUUGCAACUGACCAAUAGUUUUAUGGUACCGUUUAUCGCCUUGAGUGUGAUUAAUUUCAUUGUGUCUUUUUUAUUCCUGGAAGAAUACUGUCCACCUGCCUUGAGAUAA